UGCCAACACUGAACUCAGCAUUACUGCCGGCAUCAAAUAUAAAAACAUUUCGUGAGUAAGAAGAUCUCGCAUUAUUUAUUAAAUUUAAUAAAAUACAUUGCACUCAACAACCUUCGAUUAUCAUCACAAUGAGUGUUGAAGAUCUUUUGCGAGACAUGGGUGGCCUACGCGUGGAUGCGGCCUUGCAGCAUGCAGCCUUGGCCUCUAUUACCAGCACAGGACCACGGUCUCUGGGACCAGAUAAAGAACCCAUAUGGAGUCCCGAAAAGCAACAGCAACAAACCGUCAAGCAACAGGUGCAGGAGGAAAAGAAGGAGCAACUAAAACUGACAAAGGUUGAAAAGGAAUCACCGCACAAGCCGAAGAAAUCUUCUCCUACAGUGGAAACGUUUAAUUGUUGUAUUCCCGACUUUGAGGAUAUACAAGUUUACCAAUUUAAGCAACAUUUAAGCAAAGAAUGCAACAAAAAAGUGCGACAUGAAAUGAAAAUACUCAAGGAAAAGCAAUUGGCCUUUAACAAGAAACUCUUAGCAGAAAGGGAAAUCAAAUCAAAUCUGGCCGAUCAAAUAGCCAAACAGCAAACAAGCGAUUCUCAGAUCAAACAAAUUGCCGAACAGCUGGCCUUACAGGAAUUGGAGAUUCAUCAACGGGAUCAAUUGGCCAUCAAAAAGGAGAGUAGAGAAAAAUUGCACAAAUUGGCCCUGGAGGGUGUUGCCCGUUGCCAAAAGCGUUUCAAUCGAAAGUAUGAGAAUAUCACACGCAUGUUACUCUCAUUGGACAAGGAGACAGUGCAGGAGGCAUGUGCUGCACGAAAUCGUCAAUUAAAGGAAUUGGGUCAGCAAUUUAAUCAAUUGCUCGGACACUUUAAGACUUCUGGCCAGGCAACUGAUCAAAGUCAAUAUUUGUCACUCAUUUUAAAGGCAGAGCAAUUUUGCCAUACCAUCAACGAAUUGGAAGAAUGUUUCAUUAAAGAUUUAGCUGAAUUUUCCCAUCAUAUACAGGAGCAAUUGAGAUUGGAAGCACAGAAAAAGCAACAAGAACUGGAGCGUCAACAGAAGGAAGAAUUGGAGAGACAGCAACGUCAACUGGCGGAGGAACAACAACAACAACAACAGCAGCAACAACAAAAAGCGGCGGCCGAGGCAGAAGAAGCCAAGAGAAGACAAGAUCAAGAGGCUGAAUCUCAAGGAAUAGUUGCACCACCAGUUUUUGAACCAGAUCAAUCAUCUGCCCCUGUUGUUGUUGCUGCUGCUGCUGGUGCUGCUCCCCCUCCUCCACCUCCCACUGCUACUGACAGUUUGGGAAAUGUUCCUGCUAGCAUUUAUGUUCAUCCCACACGUUUGGCAUUUUAUAACGAAAUCAAUGCUCUGUAUAAACAAAAAGUGGAAAUUGUCAAGCCACUGCAAACAAAUGAGGCCUUGAAACAAUAUCGCACUAAUUGCCAACGUGCCAUCAAUAUGCCACUAAAUGCCAUCUCGGCAGUCAGUCCGCAGCAUUUGCAGCAAAAUUUUGACAAAAUAUACAAUUUCUUUAAUGGCCAGCCAGUGAAGAUAAUGAAUCAAUCGAUCACAAUCAAUGAUCAUCCUCUGGCCCGUGACUAUUGCCUGCUGCUGGUGGCCAAGAAAUUUGUCAGUCAAUGUGAGACAUCGAUAUCAAGUAAUCCCCAGGCCGCAUUUCCCUUUGCCUCUGUAAUCAACACAUUAUGGAAACUAUUGCCCGACUUUGGUAAAAUCUUUUUGGCCUAUAUGUACAAGGAGUCACCGUUUCUGGUGCCAUAUGUGAUACCACAGCAUUCGAAUCAGACAACGGAGCAAUAUUUAAAGACCAUUGGCUAUCGUCUCUCCGAAAAGAACGAAUUGGAGAAGCCGGAUAUAUACUUGAAACGUCAGACUGGCCUGGCGCGUCUUUAUGCCGCUGUGAUAAUGACACCAAGUCGCAAAUCGGAUGGCCCGGCCCAUUGCUUUGGCCUGGAGGAGGGCUGGCGUUGGUUGGCUCAUUUCGUUAUGGUUCAACCAUUGCCCGAUGUCUCGGCCACAUUGAUGAUGGAGAUGUUACACAAUCUUGGAUUCGAUAUGUGGCGAACUUAUGGCAAACAAUUUGUUAAACUUUUACUCUUCAUUCAAACCCAUUAUAUACCCCAGUUAUCGGCCUAUGACGAAGGUGGUCCAAAGACAAGGCUUGAAAUGAUCUUGGCCAAAUUUCUACGGGAACGUACAAUACCACAAGUUACGGGUGUUUUGCCACCGGGUUUUUGGUAAUUUAAAUAACGUAGAAGUAUAUAUUUAUUAUAGAAUGUAAUUUGUAAUAUGUGUGAUCAUAUUUUAUGUUCUAUAUAUAAUAAAGAAUAGUGACUACUUAAUAGUA